AUGCGGGCAACGGCGCCGGCACUCCGAACAUCCGCGUGUCCCGUGCGCCCGGCAGCACCGCCGGCAUCCCGCACCGCCGGCACCGGGGCCGCGCUGACGCCUCCGCGGCCGCGCUGGAUCCCGCCCCUGCAGCACCCCGCCGCCAUUUGCUCGCAGCGCGGUCUCCCCGCCCGCUCCGGGGUUGGAGCAGCCGAAGCUCUGCCUCCUGCCCGUCCCACUCCCGGCCCCGGCCUGCCCGGAGCGCCCAGCACGGCGCCCGCGUUUGCUGGGCGAGCCAUGGCCGCGCGGGGCGGCUGCGCGGCGGCCGGCGGAGCGGGUUUUCCCCGCGGGAGCGCCGAGCUCUGCUCCGCGGCUCAGCCCGCCAUGGAGAGCACCAGGCAGACCAGGAUUUGCCGCCCGCACAAAAUCAGCGAGUCCUCGAAGGUGUACAGAUGGGAUGACCAUUCUAGUCUGGUUCUUCAGAGUCUGAACGAACAGAGGCACCGAGGGCUCUUCUGUGAUAUCGUCCUCGUUGUGGAUGAGCAGAGAGUCCCUGCCCAUCGGAACCUCCUGGCUGUUUGCAGCGACUACUUCAACUCUAUGUUCACCAUUGGUAUGAGAGAAGCUCAUCAAAAAGAAGUUGAACUUUUUGGAGCCUCUUACAUUGGUCUCAAGGCUGUGGUGGACUUUCUUUACGGAAGUGAGCUGUCCUUGGAUGGAGGCAAUAUUGAUUACGUGCUCGAAACAGCUCACCUGCUGCAGAUCUGGAAGGUUGUGGACUUCUGUUGUGAGUAUCUGGAGAAUGAAGUCAGCGAGGAGAACUAUUUGUACCUGCAGGAGCUGGCCUCUAUCUACAACCUGAAGCGCCUCGACUCCUACAUUGAUUCUUUCAUCCUGCAGAACUUUGGCACGCUGUCUUUCACUCCAGACUUCCUGCAGAACGUUUCCUUGCAGAAGCUGUGCCAGUAUCUGGACAGCAGCAAUGUGCAGCAGGAGUGCGAGCAUGAUUUGCUGCAGGCUGCCUUGCAGUGGCUUACCCAGUACCCAGAAAGGGAGAACGAGGCUUACCAGGUUCUGGAUAACAUUCACUUUCCCUUGAUACCUAAAAGCGAUCUCCUCCAUCGAGUCAAACCUGCUGUGUGCUCCCUUCUCCCCAAAGAAGCAAACUGUGAGGGCUUCAUAGAAGAAGCAGUAAACUACCAUAACAACGUCACUGCUCAGCCAGUGCUGCAAAACAAGCGGACAGCCCUGCGGACCUGCGAGGAAAGGCUGCUCUUUGUUGGGGGGGAGGUUUCCGAACGGUGCCUGGAACUGAGUGAUGAUACUUGUUUCUUGGAUGUCAGAAAGGGGCAGUGGGUAGCAGAGACCCCUCUGCCAGCCAGACGAAGUCACCACUGUGUUGCAGUGCUGGGAGGUUUCAUCUUCAUAGCCGGAGGCAGCUUUUCAAGAGACAACGGAGGGGAUGCGGCUUCAAACCUCCUAUAUAGGUAUGAUCCCCGCUGUAACCAGUGGAUAAAGGUUGCCUCCAUGAGACAACGUCGUGUGGAUUUCUACCUGGGAGCUAUAACUGACAUGCUGGUAGCUGUUGGUGGCAGGAACGAAAAUGGGGCUCUUUCUUCAGUGGAGACCUAUAGUCCUCAGAAGGAUUCGUGGUCCUAUAUAGCAGGCUUGCCAAGGUUUACUUACGGCCACGCUGGAACAGUCUACAAGGAAUUUGUGUACAUUUCAGGUGGCCACGAUUACCAAAUCGGCCCGUACCGAAAAAACCUGCUGUGCUACGACUACCGCACGGAUGUCUGGGAGGAGAAGAGACCAAUGAUCACUGCCAGGGGGUGGCACAGCAUGUGCACCUUACAGGACAAUAUCUAUUCUAUUGGUGGCAGCGAUGACAACAUAGAAACCAUGGCUCGUUUUGACAUUCUGAGCGUGGAGUCGUACAGCCCUCAAUGUAACCAGUGGACCAGAGUUGCUCCUCUGCUGCAAGCUAACAGUGAGUCAGGGGUGGCUGUCUGGGAAGGCAAAAUUUAUAUACUUGGAGGCUACAGCUGGGAAGAAACGGUCUUCUCCAAAACAGUCCAAGUUUAUGAUAAGGAGAAAAAUAAGUGGUACAAAGGAACUGAUUUACCCAAAGCGAUUGCUGGUGUGUCCGCAUGCGUCUGUGCACUGAAACCCAAAACAGAGGACAAAAAGAAAAAGACAAAAACAAAAAAACAUCAGGAUCGGGGAAGAUGACUGCUUCUGGAUAACCACCCUUUAAUGGUGGGCUCCCAAGGACCCUUGUAUUUAUCAUUUCUUUCUAACCUUGAUUCUUUAUUUUUCUUUUUAAAUAGGGGGAAAAGGUAUCUUCUGAAGCCUCACAAACGUACAGUGAAUGUGUUUUUUGGAUUAAGCUCACAUUUAAGGUCAAAAGCAAGAAAAAAAAAACACCCCAAAAUCUCUUUUACUUUGUAAGGGGUGAUAUGGCAAGAGAGGUUAUGCUAAUCUCCUGAAUGUUGAGGAUUAAUUUUUGUCACCUGUGGUUUUUGGCAUUCUCACACAUAUUCUGUUACGCUGACAUUUUAAAAAUAAGGUUGAAUCUUUGGCUGGGAUUAUAAUGACAAAGGUGAGAGGCGGAGUAGAAAGUGAUGAGCUUGAAGUUACAGAGCAAUUCAAAGGAGCUCAGAAGCUAAGAAGAAAAUGAAAUGGGUCUUCAGUGUUGUAAAUCUUGGGGUUUUUUUUAUUAUUUCUUUCAGUAACAUUAGAUGCCAUUUACAGUACAUUUUUGAGUUUUAAGUAUCAGAUUUCUGGAACACUCGAGCAUUCAAAGAAAGUAUUUCUUUAGGUGAAUGCAGGUCAGAUCAGCUUGAACAGCAACUAACUCCACUGUAGUCUUUAGAUUAAGAAGGCCUUAUUGUGUGGCCAAAGAAUAGAUGGGAGCUGACUGGGGCUUGGAUUGAUAGCGUUGUGAACUUUGAAAUCUGGGGAAGGUGAUAUGAAUUUUGCACGCCUUGUUGCAACAUUUUCCCUAUUUAGAUACGAGAGCUUGUUUUUCUUAGGCUUUAAAACAUGCCCUGCAGUGAGGAAAAAAAGCUAUUAAAGUAGUAGAAAAAAUAUUUGAAGAUUUGGAUGGAAACUGCUGUGUUUUUACUGAGCUUUAAACCAGUUGGGAUUGGAAGAGUUCACCAUGAGUUUGGGGAUUCUUGAGUAGCGUUCCAAGGAGUGGGGAAAUGACAGAAGGAUUCUGUAGGUGAGCACAGAGCAGGAGUGUGUCCUUCCCCAGCCCUGCCAGCCUGUAUGAGCUGGGAUUUGCUUCCUUUGAAUGGAGCUCGCAGUGGUCACGGCCAGUAGCCAGUGUGAGCAGGGGCCAGAUUUGCCUUCUGACAAACAGCAGACCAACCAGGAUGAUGAAUUUUGGGGUUUGGUAAUCCUGUGGAAGAGAAACUUGAUUAUUUUUUUUUACCUUAGCUGUCAGCUCAUGCUUUCCUUGUCUUUCAAAUUCAAACUGGCUUUUCCUGAGAAUGGCCUUUUCUGUUUGGUUUUGUCAGGAUUCCAAGCCACAUUUCAUCAAGCUUGCAGAAGAACACCUUCCCCAGCGAGGCAGGUCCCAUAGGAAGAAACCUAAAAUACUCUCAGGACUGCAUUUGGGAUCUGGACAGUAGGACCAAACUGAAAAUUGUCUGUUAGAUCCUCUGUCUCACGCUGUUCUCUGCCUACCAAGUGAAGAGAUUUCUGACCCAAGUGUUAGUUCACCCUCUACAAACACAGCUGAUUGUGCUGUAGAUAAUGAAAUUCCCCGACUGUCUGGCCGGCUUUCAGGCAUUCACCCUGGGGCAUUUUACAAACGCACCUCUGAUUUGCAAGGAGUGGAUCACCAGCAAUCUGAUACAACCACUUCAGUUAUUGUUAUGAUGCCAGGCUGCAGAUUAACAUUUCUCCUUCCCAGAAGAGUAAGUUUUUAGAAACUUUUUAAAAACUUUUAUACUUUUUAUAACGCAUUUUGCUAACUCAGUCUUGUUUGCCAUGUAAUAUAUGAGUAGGGGAACUACUGCUCUGUAAUUGUGGCUGCCGUGAGAACUCCUAAUUGGACGGCCCUUUUAGUCUUUGUGUAGUUGGUUGGGAUGUGAUGCAGCUGUCAGAGCAGCAUUUACAUUCCCAGCAUUGUCAGGCAGUCAGCUAUAAUUGUAACCAUUGUGUGGCCGCUCCACUGAUAGUCCAGCUCACCAGACAUGUUAAUAAACACAUUUUCUUUUCAGCCAUUGGGGAUCUGCUGAGUGGUUUGGUUUAAAAUUCUGCUGGGGAAGUAUUGAUUCUAGUUUUUGUUUGUUUGGUUUUUUUCCUCCUCUCUUCCCCUUUCACAUCAUUCCUGUGCACCAUAACCACGUAUUUCGGAUUUGCCUUUUUCUUUCCAUACAGUGUACAUAGAGGUGAUGUCCUGCUAAUAUCCUGCUUAACUCCCUGGUUUUUGUUCAUGGGAUUUCUGUUGGUUGCUUUUGUUGGUUGGUUUUGGUUAGUUGGUUGGGCUUUGGGUUGUUUUGGUUUGUUUUUUUUAGCAACUAUUUACCUCAUUAAUUGGAAAACACUAAGAAAACAUUUUUGCACUUAAUGUCAUUUGAAGCUCUUGUAAUUUAGAGAGCUCUUAGUUAUAUUACAAGAACUUCUUUGCAUUGAAAGAUGUACUUCUGAAGGAACUUCUGGAGUGCAAGGAAGUGACCGGUGUCUUCUUAGGUGCUCAAAAAUGAUUGAGGAAAACUAGCUUAAAUGACUUCUUGGAAACUCCUUGAAGUUUUGUUUUUCUUAUUUGUUUAAAAGAAAAAAACCCAAAGUAGUUAAUCUCAUUUGCAUUAAUGAAUUUGUUCUAAGGCCUUUGUACACUGCAUGAGGUAAUCAUUUUUUGAAAUUCUAAAACUAAUUAAAAUUUGGUUAUGACAAACAUUAA